AAAGAUUUGAUUGAAUACACUAUUUCGGGGCUUGGUCCCGAGUAUGAAUCUUUAAUCACGGCUGUUUCAUACUUUCCCGGAGGUGCCACCAUAGAGAAUCUACGUCCUAUUUUGCUUGCACAAGAACAGCGAGUACAUUACCUUCGUUCCCAGGAGCUACCACCGGCCCAUCAGGCUUUUGUUGCUCGCGGUGGACCUGCGGAUCGAGGGGGUGCUCGUGGUCAGGGCGGCCGGCAGCAGGGAGCUCGUGGUCAGCGCGGGGGCCGUGGCCGCGGACAGAGGGGCCGAGGCCGUGGAUAUGGAGGUCAGUUUCAGCAAAAUCAGUACGGUCAGUACCCUCCUCCCUUCGGGCAUAAUUUUCAGCCUCCAGUGCACGCCCCCGUUCAUGGUCAACAGCCCUAUGGUCAGCCACAAUAUGCUCCUCCACGUGGACCGGUUCAGUCUGGAAAUUCAGGUGCACUUUUAAGUAAUUUUUCGUCUGGUUAUUCAUACUUUAAUCAUUUAUCUUCUAGCGAUACUCAUAGUGUUGGUGCAGGUUUUCCAUCUGUGGACAAUAGUUUUUCCCAUGCUCCACAUCCAGUUGUUUGCCAAAUUUGUUUCUCGCCAGGUCACUCUGCUCUGAAUUGUUCUCGCUUCACUGGUCAGUCCACGCCUGCUCUUGCUGCUAUUCCCUCGGGUGAGACGAAUGCUGCUCUGUGGUAUCCUGACUCAGGUGCCAGUGCUCACAUGACUCCUCAUGAAGGACAAUCGGACGGGGGUGCAUCUUCUUCAGGCUUCCAAUAAAGACCAUCUUUACCCGUUUCAUGCUCUUCAGACUACUCUUCUCCCUGGACCGACCUGGCACAAACGAUUGGGGCAUUGUGGUGAUAGAGUUUUAAAUAUGCUUCGGCAAAAACAUUUUAUUUCUGCUUCUAGUAAUUUUUCUCAUGAUUGUGUGUCUUGUAAGUUGGGUA